AUGGCGGCAACAGAGCAUGCGAUCACCAUCAGUGAACCGAUGGAGCUGCCAUCGCUCCCGCCCAACCAGGGCCUUGAGGCGAUAAAGGAUAUCAUAUUUGGAUCGUCGGCAGGAAUGGCAGGCAAACUCAUCGAGUACCCCUUUGACACUGUCAAGGUCCGACUACAGUCACAACCCGAACACCUCCCUCUCCGAUAUGCAGGACCACUGGAUUGUUUCCGCCAGUCUUUCCGAGCUGAUGGCUUCCGGGGACUAUAUAGAGGCAUUAGUGCACCCAUGACCGGGGCUGCGGUGGAGACCAGCUGUCUCUUCUUCAGUUAUCGUCUCAUCCAGGAUGCCCUGCGCGCAACGGUCUACCCAGGCGUUGAGCACCUACCAUUCUUUGCUCUCAUUGCUAGCGGGGCUCUAUCCGGCUCUGUGACCUCGCUGGUACUUACACCUAUUGAACUGGUGAAAUGCAGGAUGCAGGUCCCCGCGGAGUCAGCAGGCCUCAAACCCUCUGGCCCUAUGGCCAUCGUCACAAACAUUUUCCGACAUGAAGGGUUGGCAGGAUUCUGGCGGGGCCAGAUGGGAACUCUAAUUCGGGAAACUGGUGGAAGCGCAGCGUGGUUUGGCGGAUAUGAGGGCGUAUCAUCGCUCUUCCGCAAGUAUAACAAGUCGAACCCGCAAUCGACCUCCGACUCGCUCCCCAUCUACCAACAAAUUAUCGCAGGAGCAACGGCUGGAAUCAGCUAUAACUUCUUGUUCUACCCGGCCGAUACAAUCAAGUCUCGCAUGCAGACUGUAGACGUCUCACGUCUGCCGGCCCAUGCUCAGCAACAGACCUUCUGGGGCGAGACCAAGGCUCUAUGGAGGCAACAAGGGCUCAAGGGCAUGUACCGCGGGCCACCAGUUAGUGAGUUACUUAUUAGCUUAAAGCUUCUUGAAGAAGAGGUUGAGCAACUUCGCUCAACCCGCCGCAACCCGGAUACCGAUCAUCCACCGGACUUGGAUAAUCGUCCGAAUCUGGAAAAGACAGUCAGAAAGACAGAAUUGCUGGUUCUUAAAGAGGGAAAGAGUCGGUACGUCGGCGAUGAAGCUUCUGUUGCACUAGGACAAAAGGUGAGGAUAAUCUCUGAACUUCGUGAUAUUAUUGAAAGCUCUUCAGAUGAAGAGUCAUAUUCACCCGAUGUGAAGUAUAGUCCCGUUACCCUGCCAGAGGGUGGACUUCUUGGAAAUUGCGAAUCCACCUGGUCUCUUGAUUAUUUUCGCCUCCAUUACUGUCAACCAGCAAGGCUUGAUGCAUUAUGGAGAACGUACCAAGAGAAUGUGGCACCGUUGAUUGUCAUACUUCACAAAGCUACCAUGACAAGGAUUGUCCAAGACGCCUGUGCUGGCGUUGAGUUAACCCCUUCAGAUGAGGCAUUACUAUUCUCUGUGUGUUAUGCCGCUGUGACGAGCAUAAGAGUACACACCUGCCCUUCCAUACUUGACACCGACCACGCUACAGCCAUCCAAGACUGCAAAAAAGCAGUGAGCCAGGGACUUCGCCGAGCCAACUUCAUCAAUUCUCAAUGCCUAUCUGCUCUUCAAGCGGCCGUGCUGUUUUUGCUAUGUUAUCGAGUAGGUGGUGAUUUACGUCUUGUAUGGGCUGAAUCUGCCGUCGUGAUACGAGUUGCACAAGCACAAGGUGUCCACCGCGAUGGACGGAAUUUUGCAUUACCACCCUUAGAGACAGAGAUGCGCCGGCGGUUAUGGUGGCAUAUCUGCAUGCUUGACAUGUUGUCUUCGGGAGAUCAAGGGGUCGAUACCCAGAUUAGAUCCGAAAUGUUCGACACACAGUUUCCGAGUAAUGUCGACGAUGAUGAUAUUGCCUUGUAUAUGACAGAUCAACCACUACCGAAAACCGGAUUCACGAAUACCACCAUCUGCAUCAUGAACUGCCAGAUCAUGACCGAAAUGCUCUGGCCGCGUCAAGGCGGAUACUCGGAUAUGUCCACGCACGACCGUGAGAAUCUCGUCACAGCUCUAGGGAAGAGCCUUCAUGAACAGUAUAUCGAUUAUUUCAACCUGGAUAUUCCAAUACAUUGGGUGGUCGCAACUAUCGUGCGACUACAACUAUCCAAGGCGUGGCUAGCGACUCAUUUCCAGUCCGAGGAAUCGGACGUGAAGACUUACCGCCACAACGACCGUGUUUUUGAGACCGCUGUCGAGCUUGUGCAGUUCUCGUAUCUCCUGCAAACCAACGAAGGAACAUCGCAGUGGAGCUGGCUAUGUAAAAGCUACAAGGAAUGGCAUGUGGUCGCUUUUAUACUUUCCGAGCUGUGCUUGCGUCCACUUAGUCCCGAGAGUGACCAUGCUUGGGAUGUCGUGACCAAAAUGUAUGGGUUGUGGCAGCAGGAUAUGCCGCGUACUGAUGCUAUGCUCCAGAAGCCCUUGGAUCGGCUCAUGGCGCGCACGGCCUCAUCGCGAGCUGGUCAACAAGGCCAGGAUAGCCAGACAUCAUUCAUUGGAGAGGCUUUGUCCGAUAUGUCCGACGUGUCGUUGGGAUUGGGUGACACCGAUUCUGAUUCACUUUUCAAUGGCCUGGACUGGCUUUCUGGGUCUUUAUUUUAG